GGGCCCUGUCCCGGAAGAGGGCGCUGAGGACCGAGGACCCGGGAGAUGGAGGCGCCCGCGGUGCUGCUGGUGAUGGGCGUGAGCGGCUCCGGGAAAUCUACCGUGGGCGCACUGCUGGCCUCCAAGGUGAAGAGGGAGGGGCAGGCUCAGACCCAGGAUUUCUAUAGCCUGCCUGCCAGUAAACCUCGCCUUCCCUUCAUUCCUAAGCUGGGAUGGAAAUUCUAUGAUGCUGACGAUUACCACUCCGAAGAGAAUCGGAUGAAGAUGGGCAGAGGGGUACCGCUGAGCGACCAGGACAGGAUUCCAUGGCUCUGCAGCUUGCACGACAUUUUGCUAAGCAGAGCUGUGGCCUCGGGACAGCGUGUUGUUCUAGCCUGCUCAGCCCUGAAGAAAACGUACAGAGACAUCCUGACGCGAGGGAGGGGUGCCGUGCCCGUGAAAGGUGAUGAGUCAGCAAAGGAAAGGCUGGCUGGCGAACAGCUCUUGGUGGUCUACCUCUGUGGGUCGUUUGAGACCAUUUCCAGACGCCUGUCCCAACGAAAAGGACAUUUUAUGCCGCCCGAGUUACUGCAGUCCCAGUUCGGUGUUCUGGAGCCCCCGUCAGGCCCUGAGAACUUCCUCCAAGUCAGCGUGGACCAGAAGAGUCCCGCGGAGAUCGCCGACGCCGUUAUGGAAGCUCUGCAGAGGAAGUAAUCUUCCGUCUCGCGCCUGCGGUUUACAGUGCGCUCUGGUUCCAAGCUCCUCACCGGUGGUGCACUCUAAAUUCUUAAUUGGGAGCAAACCACAGUGUGUGGAGACCAUUGUCUGACGGUGGGUAGGAGUUUGUGGUGCGAUCGGCAUCCUGCUGGUGUGCCAGAAGAAGGGGGAAAGAUGUUAGAAGUUAAGCUGAAAUUUAAGCUUAAAUUUGUGCAUAAUGCAA